GCUCUUUGUAGGAGAAAAGAGGAAGUAGUUUGACCCAGUUCGCGUGCCGUUACGGCGGAGCGUCACGCGGAGGAUUGUGGGUGUGGGUCUCACAUGAGGUUCCGAGAGGGCUCCAACGAGUAUUUGGUUUCUUCAAGCAUUUGUCCAGUCAGACGUUUAAAAAUGGCAUCCAAACAAGAAAUAAUGAGUGACCAGCGAUUUAGGCGGAUUACAAAGGACCCAAGAUUUUGGGAAAUGCCAGAAAAGGAUCGAAAAGUCAAAAUUGACAAGAGAUUUCGAGCAAUGUUUCAUGACAAAAAGUUCAAGUUGAAUUAUGCUGUGGAUAAAAGAGGACGCCCUGUCAACCACAGCACUACAGAGGACUUGAAACGUUUUUAUGACCUUUCAGAUUCUGAUUCAGAUCUCUCCGAUGAUGAUAACAAAGCAUUGAACCAAAAGAAAAUGAAGAAGAAAAAAAAACAAACUAAAAACGAAAUGGAAUCAAAAAAUCUAGUUGAAGAGAAAAAAAAAGAAAGCAAGAAAAUUAGCCAAAAGGAUUCUGGAAAGAAAAACAAUUUAGAUAACUCUGACACAAUUCAGAAAAUGAAAAACUCAUGCAAAUCUAAGAAGGUAGAUUCAAAAAUAAGUCCCAAGAAAGAUAGUGAAAAAUUUAUAGCAGAAAGUACAAAAAUGGAAAAAAACAUUGUUCAACAUAAUACAGACUCAUGUCCCAAAGGAAGACCAAGGACAGUGGACUUGGGCGCUUCUGAAAUUAUGAAAUCUCCCAAGAGCAAGUAUUCUGAGACAAAAAGACAAAUGCAAUCAGUGGUUCCACUUAGAAUAGCAAGAGACAAUGAUGAUUAUGAAAACUCAAUGGGUGGUAAAAUCCUUGAUAAAAAUGCUCUGGAGGAAAAUUUAGAAAGUGCCAGUGAGAUAGGAGGUGAUGAAGAAUCUGAAGAUGGAAUUACAGGCGUUAGAUCUUCAGCUGAUGAUAAUGACGAUGAUGAUAAUAAUGAUGAAGAAAAUGAGGAGGAGGAGGAUGAAAGUGAUGAUAGUGAGAUUGAUGAUGAAAGUGACAGUGGCCCUGAUCUUGCAAGAGGCAAAGGAAAUAUAGAAACUAGUUCGGAAGAUGAAGAAGAUAUGGCAGAUGUACUUCCAGAGGAAUCUGGUUUUGAGCAUGCUUGGAGAGAACUAGAUAAAGAUGCUCCUCGGGGUGAUGAGAUUACACAUCGAUUAGCAGUUUGCAACAUGGACUGGGAUAGAUUAAAGGCAAAAGAUUUGCUGGCUCUGUUCAAUUCAUUUAAACCUAAAGGAGGAGUUAUAUUUUCUGUAAAGAUAUAUCCUUCGGAGUUUGGCAAGGAGAGGUUAAAGGAAGAGCAAGUUCAAGGACCAGUAGAGUUAUUAAGUAUUCCUGAAGAUGCCCCUGAAAAGGACUGGACCUCUAGAGAAAAAUUGAGAGAUUAUCAAUUCAAACGAUUAAAGUACUAUUAUGCAGUAGUAGACUGUGAUUCUCCAGAAACAGCCGCUAAGCUUUAUGAGGAUUGUGACGGCCUGGAAUUUGAAAGCAGUUGUUCAUUCAUAGAUCUAAGGUUUAUACCAGAUGAUACUACUUUUGAUGAUGAGCCCAAGGACAUAGCCUUAGAAGUGGAUUUAACAGCAUAUAAACCAAAAUAUUUCACAUCUGCUGCAAUGGGAACAUCAACGGUGGAGAUCACUUGGGAUGAAACUGAUCAUGAAAGAAUUACAACACUUAACAGGAAAUUCAAAAAGGAAGAGCUUUUGGACAUGGAUUUUCAAGCCUACUUAGCUUCCUCUAGUGAAGAUGAGGAAAUAGAAGAGGAGUUACAAGGUGAUGAUGGAAUCAGUGUAGAAGAAGAUGGGAAAACAAAAAAAAGUCAGAAAGAUGACGAAGAACAAAUUGCUAAAUAUAGGCAACUUUUGCAAAUUGUCCGAGAAAAAGAAAAGAAAGGCAAAGAAAAUGAAAUGGAAAUGGAAAUUAAGUGGGUUCCAGGUCUUAAAGAAAGUGCAGAAGAGUUAGUCAAAAACAAACUGGAAGGAAAGGAUAAACUGACCCCUUGGGAACAAUUUUUAGAGAAGAAGAAAGAGAAAAAGAGACUGAAAAAGAAACAGAAGGCUCUUGCUGAAGAGGCCAGUGAAGAUGAACUUCCCUCCGAUGUUGAUUUGAAUGACCCAUACUUUGCUGAAGAAGUGAAAAAAAUGGGUAUAAAAGAAAAGGAAAAAUCAAUGAAAUCUGCAAAAGAUAGCAUAUCUCCAGAGGAAGAUGCCGAAAUAGAAAAACAAAAGGCUGAAAUGGCUUUGCUCGUGAUGGAUGAGGAAGAAGAGAGCAAGAAACACUUCAAUUACAACAAAAUUGUGGAGCACCAGAAUCUGAGCAAAAAGAAGAAAAAGCAGCUUAUGAAAAAGAAGGAAUUAUUAGAGGAUGACUUUGAGGUAAAUGUUAAGGAUGCACGGUUUCAAGCAAUGUAUACUUCGCACUUGUUCAAUUUGGAUCCUUCAGAUCCCAAUUUCAAGAAAACAAAAGCUAUGGAAAAAAUCCUUGAGGAGAAAGCCCGGCAGAGAGAACAAAAAGAACAAGAACUUACUCAGGCAGUAAAGAAAAAAGAGAGUGAAAUUCAAAAGAAAUCACAAAAGAGGUCCAUUGAUCCUGCCUUGUCAAUGUUGAUUAAAUCCGUAAAAAACAAAACAGAGCAGUUUCAAGCAAGAAAAAAACAAAAAGUCAAAUAAUUAUAUGUUGUUUCUUUUUGGAUUCAGAACGUGUUCUAAAGUAUAUAGAAGUGGUAGAAGGAAUAUUUAUUGGGAAAAAGCUACCUUUCAAGAAUAUGAAUAGUCUUAUUCUGGCCAUUGUAAAAUUUCUUUCAUAUAUUGCAGACUAAUUAUGGACGAUCAACAGAUUUGUGCUCUGUAUUUCUACAGAUUAGUCAUAAUUAAUUCAACCUGAAUUAUAGGAUUUAUAAAAUGUUUAUAUUUUAUGAAAUUCAGUUUAUACUAGUAGAAGAUUACGUUAGCUUUAUUUAAGAUUCUACAAUUCUAUGUAAAAAGUAGAACAAUGCCCAGUCUUAGGUCUAAAUAAGAUUUAAGAACAAUUUUAAAAUAUGUAUAAGCGAUACAUUAAUUUCUCUAAAAGGCAGAAGACAGAUUUAGAUAUCUAUUUAAAUAAUUUAUUUUUCUAGCCCUAAGGGAUGGAAGCCAAUAACUUUCUUUGUUUUUUGGUCGUGUUUAUUAUAGUUUGUUUAUGAAAUUAAUUUGUAAAUAAAAGUACAAAAUAUUUUUA